AAUCUUUCACUAAUAACCAGAAAGUGCUUUUUCUUUUCCUGACUCACUGUUGUUGCUGUCCUCUCUGACUUCCUCUCAUCUUCAAGGUUCCGUAAACUGCAGACAUGUCUGAGGGACCAAGGAAGUCAAAAUAUUCAGCCACACGCCGGCUGCUCUUGAAGUCCAAACUGCUGAAGAAGGCAGCUUCUAUGCUGGUGGCUGAAAGUGAAGAAAAGAAACGCGAGAAGGAAAGAGUUGUGAAUGAGUGCUACCCUCCGCUGAAGCUCUCAGGUCUGUCAGUCCAGGAGCUCCAGGAACUCUGCAAAGACCUGUAUCGUAAAAUUGAUGUUGUAGAUGAGGCGCGUUAUGAUAUGGAGAUGAAAGUAGACAAAAAUGAAAAAGAGAUCCAGUCACUGAAUCAGAAGAUCAUUGACUUGAAGGGCGUGAAGAGGCCCAACUUAAAGAGGGUGAAGAAAACAACAGAUGACAUGCUGGGUGCAUGCACCGACAAUUCCAAACUCAUGAAGGCUGAUUUCAAGGUCAACCUCAAGACAGUGAAAAAGGAGGAUGAAAAGAGGGAAGAAGUGACUGACUGGCGUAAGAACGUGGAGGCCAUGUCUGGUAUGGAAGGCAGGAAGAAGCUGUUUAACGCUGGACAGUAAAAAGCUUGUCUUUCCUAACAUGAACCCUAAGUUUGCAAUGUUCAAGUUUUUAUUUAUUUAAUCCCUUUAUUUCAAAAUCAAAUUCAAGAGGGUUUUCAUUACAGGAUAAUACUGACUUUGUAAAGAAUAAUGUCCAUAUAAACUUGUAAAAGAUUAAAUGAAUGCACUUUUUUUGGAUUAUGCUGUGUUAAAAUAGCGUUAAUGUAUACCACUGUAUGCCAUGAUCGUAUUAACACACAUCGUAUGGUAUACAGUAACCUUUGCAUAAUGAAGUUGUGCUGAAGAAAAAGCUGAUUAACUUUGUGAAUUUGUCUUUAAAGUGCAGUAUUUGUAUUAUACAGUUGAUGGUGCUGUCUCACUGUCUGUAAUACAAGUGAUGCUGAUUAAACCAUAACAACA